AACUGCACUGCUGAAUUGGUGCAAUAAAUUAGAGUGAGAAAAAAUAUACUUGUCUCACCUUAAAGAUCAUAUAUGUAUUAUAUAGAGGCCUGUGGUCCAAGCCUACAAGACACCUGAUAUUUUUUUGGAACUUGUACUUCGGUACCUUGGUAGAAAUGGAUAUUUGAGAGAGUCUGCAAGCCAAGUAAAAUAUAGUGAAGAAGAAACCUACAAAAGUUUAGGAUUCUCGGCAGAGAUUCAGAUCCAUUGGGUAUAAUGUUAUGAAAAUCUGAGAAAAGGAAAUGGAUAUUGUCAGCCCUACUCCUCAGGAUCUGCAGAGAAAGCUAUACUUCUUAGUAGAACAGUUACAACAUAUGGCUGGUGAACUUCCACCAAAGUAUCAGAUGCGAUUACCGUAUGAGUUGUUAUCCGGUUUAGCCAAUUCACUGUUAAACGAUACUAUUUUUGAGAUAGUGAAGGGAUUGAUGGAGAUACAGCAUGUUACUGAAAAACACCUCUUCCAGCAGCGACUUCAGCUUUUGAAUCAACAGAAGAUUGAAUCUCAGGAAGCAUUAUCCACGGCGACAACUGAUGAGGAAAUAAUGACAGUAAAGGCGGCAUUAUAUAAAAAACACAAAGAAGAAUUGAAGCAAACUGACAUGAAAUUGGUUCUGCAAUUGGAUCAGAAAGUUUCAGAUCAGCAAAGCAUAUUAGAAAAGGCAGGAGUGCCUGGAUUCUAUGUGACAACUAAUCCGAUGGAGAUUCAAGUACAGAUGAGACUGUGUGACUUCAUAAUCAGACUCAGUAAAAUGGAUUUUGAUGAUGAUGAUGUACCAAGUUAAUAUACAAGUAUAGUUAUUUAUUUAGUUAUAUAUUUCAUUAGUUUUUAUUAUUUUAUUAAAUUUAUGUGUACGUUAUGUAUUUCAUAAUAUUCUCUUCUUACACUAUAUAUUGAUCAGAGUCAAUAAAAACCAGAGCACUUUUCUUAUUUAUUAUUUCAAUGUAAUUAUUAAUCAUUGAUAACAAAUGUAAUAGUAAAUCCUGCAAAAAUAUACAGUGAAUGCGUCAACAUAUUUUCUAGUAUAUGAAAUAUUUUAUUCAAAUUUAAAUUCUUUCUGUACACAAUAGUUGUAAAUAUUAUAUUAACAAAUGUUAACAUUAACCUCUACAUCCAUCAGCCCAAGACUAUGAAUUAAUGCUUAAGAUACGACAUUCUCUUUCUAGAGUAAAAGAAAUAUUUUUAAUACAAAAGAUCUCAUAUCAUGGGACAG